AUGUAUGGCAACACAAACAUUCAGUCGAAAUCGAAAUGGGGGUCCUGUCAUCUCGUUUGAAAUCCUCAUUUCUGGAUUUAUUAAAAUUUCUAAACAAUUUGCAUUGGCUAAUCAUUCUAUUUAGUUUAUUUAAUUUGUCGGUUUGUAUUUACGAGGAUCAAAUAGGAAAAUUUGACUGGCGUCAAAGUUAUGUGGGAAGAAUAAAGUUUGCUCAGUAUGAUACAACUUCGACUGCUAAGAAAAUUAUUGUGGCUACAGAGGAGAAUGUUAUUGCCGCCUUGAAUUUGAAGACUGGUGAGGUGUUGUGGCGACAUGUGCUGGAGACAGCCUCGAGGGGCAACAUUCAGAUGCUCCAUGUGAGUGACAAGCGACCUACCUUCAUCACCGUGUCAGGCAACACUAGUCCGUAUGUUGUACGGAAAUGGAGCUCAAAUACUGGUAUAUUGCUAUGGGAGAUGCCACUAACAUUGAACACGGCACGGCCAGAACUGGCCAGGUUCUUUGUGGAAGACGACCAGCUGAUCCAAGUAGCAGUGGUGCCGGGUGCUCGCCUCGAGCUCGCCUUGUACAAUGUCAUGAGAGACUCGGACUGGAAGAAACAAGCUGCUCAAUCAAUCUCAGCCGAAUGGACCAAUGAGAACUGUGUCAUAUCAAUACCGAACUACAUCUGUGUCUCUGGCAACCAAGUGCACAUAGUCAAUGUCAAGAAAAUAUUGAACAGGGAAGAGGACUACAAGCCUCUUGUCAAGCCACUGUCGGAGUUUGAGGACCUACAAACGUUUGAAGGAGGGUUGAAACCUCUGGUUGGAAGCAACAAAGUGUCAGGCUUCAUCCUAGACAACAAGAAGCUGAUCCUGAUCCAGCACAACACAUUAGUAGCGGCUGCCAUCGCGCUCUCUCCAGGCGGUGAAGUCGCGAGCGUGGACGCGGCGGCUGCGCCCGCGUUGCUGCAGACCUGGCACCAGGAAUCUACGGGCGUGCAACUGACGGCCACAUGCCUCACCACCUUCAAGAAGCUACCGGAAGUGUCGCUCCCGGAGCGCGCGCUGGCCACACCGGAACCGGAAGUGGCGGCGGCCAUGUGCACGGGCGCGCGCGACCAGCUCGCCUGCCGCUUCCUGCUGCUCGGAGCUGAUGACUCGGUGACUUUGGUGACGCAAGCAGGUCGCGUGCUAUGGACUCGCGAGGAAGCUCUCGCCAAUGUGGUGAAGGCGGAGAUGGUGGACCUGCCCGUGUCUGAGGAAGAGGCCGCCAUCGAGACCGAGUUCAACCAGAAGGAAGGUUCAAUCUGGCUAGCAUUCUCCCGGCGUCUCGAAGCCGGUUGGCUGCAGCUUCUGCACCUGGCUCGUGAUUGGCCGCGCGUGGGCGACGCGGGGGCGGAGGGGACCGGCGCGGGGCAGGGGGCGGGGCUAGUGAAGGACUACUUCAACUUGCACAAGAUCAUUUUGGCGGUCACUGAAGUUGGCAAGAUCUUCGGCAUCGACAGUCUGACCGGCGACAUCGUGUGGAGUCGUUUCGAGCCCCAACUGGACACUUCGGGGGCGCUGAUAUUCGUGCGCCGCCCCGCGAGACACCGCCCCUUCACGCCCUAUGUUACUGUGCUCGGGAAACAUAGCGAGACAGGCAACGGCCUGCUAAUCAGCUUCAACCCGAUCACCGGGUCCCCUACAGGCGAGCGAGUCCUACACCUGGACACGCCACUGCUGCAGGCGGCUCUGCUGCACCAGCCCGACCGAGAACAGCUGCAUGCGCUGCUCCUGCUGGAUAGAGACGAGAAUGUUCUAGUGCUGCCCCGCUCGUCGGCGCCUCUAGUCCGCGACAUGUACAUGUACGUGGCCCACACCGCGCCCGCCAGAGUGCACGGGUACGCACUGCAGUAUGAUGGGCAGUCAGUAACCGCCCAGCGCACCUGGUCCCUAUCCCUGGGCGGCCCCACAUCCCGCCUGGCUUGCGCGGCGCCCACGCGGCCCGAGCGCGCGCAGUCGGCCGGCCGCGUGCUGGCCGACCGCACCGUGCUGUACAAGCACCUCGACCCCAACGCCGUGCUGUUUGUGCUGCAGGACGGAGACUCAGUAGUAGCAACCGUAGUCGACGUGGUCUCCGGCGGCGUGGUGGCUGCGCAGGCACACCGGCGGGCGCGAGCCACGCCCCACGCCUUGUACAUGGAACACUUCCUGGCCUACUUGUACCACAACGAGAAGCAGAGGCGAACUGAGAUUGCAACAAUGGAGCUCUACGAAGGUUCCACCCGCCGGCUAGACUCGGGCACCCCGUUCAGUUCUCUUAACCCGUCGGGCGCCGUGCAUAUCGCGCGGCAGAGCUACGUGUUGGGCGCGGGCGUGGUCGCCGCGGCACUCACACGCACGCCACGGCUUAUUACUGAUAAACACGCACUAUUGGCGCUAUCCACCGGAGCCGUGAUCGAGAUGCCGUGGGCCUACCUGGACCCGCGCCGCCCCCUCUCCCCCACCCCCGAGCAGAGGGAAGAGGGCCUUAUUCCCUACGCACCAGAGUUGCCUUUACCAGCUGAGAAUGUGCUCAAUUACAACAGAACUCUGACUCGUGUGCAUGGAAUUUACACAGCGCCAGCCGAUUUGGAGUCUAUCUCGCUUGUUUUCGUUACUGGACUUGAUCUCUUCUACACCCGCGUGGCGCCAUCAAAGACGUUCGAUCUCCUGAAGGAAGACUUUGACUACUACCUGAUUCUGUUAGUGUUAGGAGCCCUAGUCGCGGCCACUUACAGCACCAAAUACUUUGCAUCGCGUAAAAUGUUGCGUCAAGCGUGGAAGUGAUCAACUAAGCCCUUAUUUCUGGACGCAACUCUCGAUCGAGUUUUAAAAACGAAUAUCUAAGUAAGGGUCGCCCUUCGAUUUUCGUAAGUUAACCUAAGAUAAGACAGGGUUGAUUUUGUGGUUACUUGUGUCAAAAUGUGUAUGUGUGACUUGAGUUUUUGUGUUCUACAUCCCCCACUAUCAACUUGCAAGAGAGUAUAUAGUUUGGUUUUUGGUUGUGAGUCUGAAGUUUACUAUUUAUAAAAUCAAAUGGGUGUAGCGGAGGUGCCGCACAAAAUGCAUGAAACAAUUGCGAUGUAUCCCAUGUCUCGAUUCCAUUUAGUGGGACUCCGUUGCUGCAUUAAACUUAUCAGUCCCAAGCAACUAAUAUUGUUCUAUCCGAUUAGACCGGUAUGUUAAU